GCUGUGAAUUAAACGUCAGUUGAAAAGAGAAAAAGCAAGAAUUAAGUCGUGAAAAGCGAAAAGCUCCAAACCAAAUAUAAGUGAAAUUUCGAGCGAAUACCAAAUAUUAGUAUAAUUAAUUGUUUAAAACUUUUGUGAUUAUUUAAAAAAGAAAAUUUUUAAACAUGGUACGACGUGGACGUUCGGCUAGCCCACCACCAGCUACCAGGAGGAGCGUGCCUACACGCCAUGCACCGGCACCAACACCAAAUGUGCCAGCACGCACUGCACCCGCUGCUCCACCAGCGCCUGUACAAGCUGCACCCAGCGCUGUUGGCGCACCACAGCAACCAUCGAUGUUUCAGCAGAUGGCAGCUACCGCUGGCGGCGUAGCCGUUGGAUCAGCAGUGGGUCAUACCAUCGGGGCCGGCUUAACCGGAUUGUUCAGUGGCUCUGGCGAUAAAGAAGUAGCCGCCCCUGCUGCCUCGGCACCAGCUCAACAAUAUCUUGCUAACGGCGCUCAGCCCAACGAGCCCCAAGGCCCUUGCACCUGGGAAAUCAAGCAGUUCCUGCAAUGUGCUCAGGGUCAAUCCGACCUGACACUCUGCGAGGGCUUCAACGAGGCGCUACGACAGUGCAAGGCUCAACAUCACUUGCAGUAAAUUAUUGGAAUGGCAUAAACUUGCUAGCAAUUAUAUAAAUUUCCCUUAUGUUUCAACGUAAUUCAAAAUAUAUACAUAUUGCUAAUGAAUGUAAAGAAAAACAAAUUUAUAUGUUAAAUGUUGCAAGUUUGAAGAUAACUUCUUUUAGUGAAUGUGUCAGUUAAUUAGAAAAUGCAGCAACAACAACAAAUGUUUUUGUAGGCAAGACGUUCUAGAAUAAUCUACGCAAAGAAAACAUAUUUGUGUUACGAGAAUGAAGAAGUAAGCGUUAAUUGGCAAAGAACCAAAAAAAUGCCAUUAUUACACUCACAACAAGCACGUGCUGCAGGCGCAUGGUGAGUAAUCAAAACAAAAUAAUUAACAAAGCAUUUAGUGUUGUUGGCUGUUGACACUGAAAUUAUAGGAGAAGAACCAAGAACAACCCUAUAUUUCUAUAAAAUGAAUGUUAGUUCUAUCUUUAGUCACUAAGUUUAUGGCGUGAAAUUAUGAAAUAGGUGAAGGCCCGUAAAAAAAUACGGUAGUUUAGAGUCUUACUGUAUUCAAGUUCGUGCCAAAUAUUAAGCAUUAUAGCACGAAUAAUAUUAAGCAGCAUUUGCUGAUGGGCUUGAAUUCUAAUAAAAAAUUAGCAGUUCUUCAACAGAAAA